AUGGUGGGAGAGCACAAGGGUGCAGAUGGGCAGGCAGGCAGCUUGACAGCGAGCGAUCCGGACAGAUUGUUGUGUUGCUUUGUGGUCCACAAACGCUGCCAUGAGUUUGUCGGUUUCUCCUGCCCUGGAGCCGACAAAGGCCCUGACACAGAUGAUCCAAGAAGCAAGCACAAGUUCAAGAUCCACUCAUACGGCAGUCCCACUUUCUGUGACCACUGUGGUUCACUGCUGUACGGCCUCAUCCACCAGGGGAUGAAAUGUGACACAUGUGACAUGAACGUGCACAAGCAGUGUGUUGUCAACGUGCCAAGUCUGUGUGGGACGGACCACACAGAACGCCGAGGUCGUCUCUUCCUGAAGAUCGAUGUCAGCGGAGACAGGCUACACGUCACAGUGGGAGAGGCCAGGAAUCUGAUUCCCAUGGAUCCAAACGGUUUAUCAGAUCCAUAUGUCAAACUCAAACUCAUCCCAGAUCCAAAGAAUGAAACCAAACAGAAGACCAGAACCAUCCGUUCGUCUCUCAACCCCUGCUGGAACGAGUCCUUCACCUUUAAGCUGAAAGCGUCAGACAAGGACCGUCGUCUGUCCAUCGAGGUGUGGGACUGGGACAGAACCACCAGGAAUGACUUCAUGGGCUCCAUGUCGUUUGGCGUUUCUGAGCUCAUCAAAUCCACUAACUGUGGAUGGUACAAACUGCUGAACUAGGAGGAGGGAGAAUACUACAACGUUCCCAUCCCUGAGGUGGACGACAUCAACCUGGAGCUCAGACAGAAGUUUGAGAAAGCCAAGCUGGGCCAUGGAAAGAAGGUGAUCACGCCCUCGGACCACAGACGCUUCAGUCUGCCGUCAGGGAACAUGGACCGGGUCAGACUAAAUGACUUCAACUUCCUGGCUCUGCUGGGGAAGGGCAGCUUUGGCAAAGUGAUGUUGGCAGAGAUGAAGUCAACAGAGGAGCUGUACGCCAUCAAGAUCCUGAAGAAAGACGUGGUGAUCCAGGACGACGACGUCGAGUGUACGAUGGUGGAAAAAAGAGUUUUGGCCCAGAGAGAUAAACCACCGUUUCUCACACAGCUCCACUCCUGCUUCCAGACUGUGGACCGCCUGUACUUUGUGAUGGAGUACAUUAAUGGAGGAGACCUCAUGUACCACAUCCAGCGCAUGGGCAAGUUCAAGGAGCCACAGGCAGUGUUUUAUGCUGCAGAAAUCGCUGUGGGUUUGUUUUUCCUGCAUCGAAAGGGAAUCAUUUACAGAGACCUGAAGCUGGACAACGUGAUGCUGGACUCUGAGGGCCACAUCAAGAUUGCAGACUUCGGGAUGUGUAAGGAGAACAUGUACGAGGGCAUGAACACACGCACCUUCUGUGGAACCCCAGACUACAUCGCUCCAGAGAUCAUAGCAUACCAGCCCUAUGGGAAAUCAGUGGACUGGUGGGCUUACGGAGUCCUUCUGUAUGAGAUGUUGGCAGGACAGCCGCCGUUUGAUGGAGAAGACGAGGACGAGCUCUUCCAAUCCAUCAUGGAGCACAACGUCUCGUACCCAAAGUCCUUGUCAAAGGAAGCUGUGUCCAUUUGCAAAGGACUCAUGACCAAGCAUCCGUCAAAGCGUCUGGGCUGUGGUCCAGAGGGAGAGAGGGACAUCAGAGAGCAGGCUUUCUUCAGACGCAUCGACUGGGAUCGGCUGGCCAACAAAGAGAUUCAGCCGCCAUUUAAACCCAAAGUGUGCGGCAAAGGUGCAGAAAACUUUGACAAGUUCUUCACACGUACUCAGCCUGUGCUGACGCCUCCCGACCAGCUCGUCAUCGCCAACAUUGACCAGAGCGAGUUCGCCGGCUUCUCCUACGUCAACCCUCAGUUCAUCCAUCCGUCUUUGCACAGUGUGGUAUGAAGAUGGUGUGUGAGAAGAAGAAGAAACAAAAACACAAAAAAGGAGGAAAUCUAUGAACUGCCAGUGGAAACAGGAGCUUUUUCAACCCCAAACUAUUUUCAACAGACCUGUCGUUCCUCAAUGUUCUGUUGAGUACGUAUGAAUGUCUGGAAGGAGGUGACUGAAAAAUGUAGAGCGGAGUUAGCCACCAUGUUCAUGUGGAACCCAUGAGCUCCCACAGUGGGCGGAAAGAGAUCUUUAAGGUGCAGAGCAACUGUCCCAGGAGACCAACAUCAGACUAAUGUUAGCAUCUGGUUAGAAAUCUUCUACUUUUAUAACUAACAGUGUUUUUGUGGUGCGGAGAAAAAAACGGUAUUAAACUUUUCUAUUCUUUACAGAACAACUUUAUUCAUAAGAACUUUAGUAUAUUAACAUCUUGGGAUGUCCGAUAAUAUCGACUGAUAUUAGCUUAAUUAUGCAAUAUCGGUAAAAAUUGUUUUUUCCCUUGAUAAUGAAAAACGCGAUAAUGCAAUCCAUUGUGAGACAGAUGAUAUCUGUUGAUAUCACAAUCAGAAAUUAAGUGUUUGGACAAUAUCGACAUAUCGGACUUCCUUGUUAACAUCCUCAGUACAGAUGUAUAAACACAGCUGCUCCAGUCACUGUCAUCAGGUAUGUUCAGAAAAUAUAAUUUUAUUUAGAAAUAUUAUUUUCUGAGGAAAAUUUUAAAACAAACCUUAAAAUAAAUCAGAUAUUUGGUCUGAGAUAGAAUAGCCAAAAUAUCAAAUUCAAACUCCGAACCACUACGUAGCCCAUGGUGUGGAGCCCACAAGGACAUGUUGGCUGGGAAGUUUUAAAAUGACAUGAAGUACAAUCUAAAGAAGGAGAAAAGUGUUACCCAAAUAUUUUUGAAUUUCAUUAUAGAUUCAAACAUCCCAUAAUAUGUCCUUCAAUGAAUCUCAUCUAUGUGAUAUUGUUGGGGUUUUUUUAACAAAACCUGAACCAUUUUUUCCCAAUCGAGUGUCACCUGACCUUUGUGUAUUCAUGUCACAGGAUUUGUUUUCUAAUCAUCUUCGUCAUCCUCUGACACGACGAAGGAAACCUAUUUUUCUGCUCUGUCCCGGUUUCAUCUACUCCUGACCUGCUACGUGUGUAUAUUAUAUUUAUAUACUUAAAAAAAAAAAAAAAAAAAAAAAAGAGUUAGUACACUACCAUAACACGAGUGCCAAAGUAGAAGUGGAGGUUUCUAUCACAGUUCCUACAGUUCUGGUUCUUCUGUUUCCUUCUGGCCUUCCUUUAUGAUGUCAACACAAUAAAACCGUACACCGCAACAUGUGCAGGACAUGGGACACAUCAGAGUAUAAUCAGACCGAGUCAUAGAGAAGCAGAAGCUGGUGCUUCUCACUGUUAUAAGCUGUUGAUGCCUUUUUCCUGCAGCGGGUGACUCUGAGCGGGUGAGAAAACGUUUCACAGUACAAUAUGAAUACUGCUACGUCCAUAUGCACCAAGCACACUUCUGCUGCAUGCUCCGGUUCCCACUCCACAACGCAGUACACGUCUAGUAUUGUUGUAAAUUUUAGUGUUAGGAUAUGAACUGUGUUAGUUGUUGUAUGUUUGGGGGGGGGCAGGGGGCUGUGUUCCUGUUUCAUGUUCCGCUCUUUCACGUCCUGAUGUCUUUAUUUUUGGGUUGUACAUAUGUUUCAAAUGAGAUGUUGGAAAAAAUAAGAAAAGAAAAAAAAAAAAAAAAAAAAGAGUUCCUUGCAGAUUUUAUACCACGGGCUGAAUGUUUAUUACUGUAGACAGUUUUAACGUUUGUAUGUUUAGAUGAACCCCAACGUUUGGCUCAAUCUUUGGUAGCUUUGCUUACCGCCUUCUCUAUCCAUAUCUCUAUAUAUCCUGUUAUUUUCACUACCGAGUGUCAUAUAGAGAAUAUGCAGCGCCCCCUGUGUGUGUUGACACCGUGGACUUUUCUCUUGCCUUGUUCGUCUCAGGACUCAAUCCCUCCGAACUAAAACCGUGUUACCGCCGUAAGGAUUUCAGAAACAUGUUUUGGUUUUUUUAAAUAUUAUACAGUAUAUCGUGUGCAUGCCAGAGGUGAAGCCUGAUCUACGCAUGAGAAAGACCCUGCAUGAUACAGAGACCCCUGGUGUGGAGCAUGGAGUUCCUCCACCCUGUUGCACAGAUUGAGACAAACCCCCUCCCAAUGAGCGUCCAGUUAGCUUCUGUCCUCAUCAUGUUUCCGACCGACUGUCAUGUAGCCGGACUCUUCGAUGACUUUUUGUUCUUUGGUGCCAAGCUGUUGUUAUUUUUCUCCAUCAGUGUUGUUUUGUUAACGGGGUUAGAGCUCAAACAGAGAAAGCUGCGUCGAUCUCGAUCAAUAAAACUGCCAAAUUUACCUACUGCAGCUGUGAACCAUCUGUAACUGACCACUAGAGGGACCAGCUGUUACAUCUGGACCAGACUAGUGUAAAACCCAGUUCACACCUGGUGUUAAUGUUUGACCUGAGUGAUCCAAACAGGUUAUACACUGUUCUGGAAUUCAGCUGACCUCCCCAUGAUGUACUGCAGUACUGAACAUGUAUUUUGACAUUUAAGUCUGUACACUGAAGUAUUAACAUGUAUCCUCAAUGUUUCUAUAUAUUUGAUUUACUCCAUUACCCCACACUCCAGGGAAGAACCCAUUGGAAAUACACAGUAUAAACCUAACAAUUUAACAUAACAUAAUAAAACGUAGAUGGUGGUACGAGGUAUAGCAGUGUUUCCUAAACUUUUUUUCUGGGGACCCAUAUUUUAAAAGUCACAAAACAAGACAAAAAACACACAAAAAACAAGACUCAAAUCAAUAGACAUGACGAAACAUGACGCGAGACGACCCCCCAAAAAAUCUCUUGAGCUCAAAACAACCAAUAAAUCUUGAACCUCAAAAUAUCAAAAUGUCCACACCAAGUCAGGGUGUCCUCAAAAGAAACUUGUCCCCACGAGUACAGCUAAACCAAGAUAACACACACACGUGCUAUCAGACAGAUGUUGUCAAAGUCACGUCAUAUCUGUUGACGCACUGAUGACAUGUUCCCUCAGGAUAAAUGUUUAUACCAGGUGUGAACGGCGUUAUAGGAAAAAAAAAAAAAUCUGCGUGUCUCACAUUGAGAACCAUUUUAACAGAGAAGAAGUUUGAACAGAUGAUCUAAUGUCAUUGUCAUGAUUUCAGGCUGAAAUUAUUACCGCGCUGACGUUUGUUUUUGUUUGAAUUCCCUGUCGCCGCCCCUGACUCUGUUUACCCGCUUCUUCUCGUUUCUCUGUUCAUUGUGGUAUGAUGGAUACUGUGCAUAAAUAAAGUAUCAAAUCUAUAAAA